UUCACAUUUGUCUGAAAACAAAAAUUAAUUUCCUGUUGAAUCAUAUUGCGUGUUAAUUUUUUUCAAUUAUAAAUCAUUCAUUGAUUUCAUUAUAUACACUGGUCAAGGAGUGAGAUAAUUAAUAUCUUACUUUGACUAAGAUAUGGCAAACGGAACCUGUCACGCAUGGAUUCAAAAAUAUAUAAUUGGAAAAAAUAUUACGCUAGAUUUUCUAAAUGAACUACAUGUAAAGAGGAAUAUUGGCGGGAUUACUAUGUUGACCAUAUUUUCUGUAAUUGGUGUUAUUGGCAAUGCGCAUGUUUUAUACGUAUACUUCCGGUACUUCAAAUAUUCAAACUAUAGGAUAUACGUUUUAUUUCUCGGCAUACUUGAUGUUAUCAACUGUGGUUUUGCUGCCCCUUUAGUGGUAUUUUACUUAUUUUAUCCUCUAAACUAUCCAUCGCAUUCAUUCUGUAAAAUUUUCAGGACGAUUAUUUAUUUUAUGGCAAUAGCAAGCACGUUGUUGUUAGUGUCCAUAGCAAUUGAAAGAUUCCGAAAAAUCCGAUAUCCGCUAAAGGAAAGGUUAUCUGCAACUGCUGUGAAAGGACUCUGUAUUGGAAGUUUAGUAGGUGCUGCUGUUUUAUCCUGGCCUGCGCCAAUAAUAUGGGGAUUGGGAACAGUUGAAACUGGGAUUCCAGGCUUUCAAGGAAAACGAUGCUUCACCGAAGACAGAUUUCAGAACUACAAUACAAAUUAUCAAGGAAUUUAUAACGCAUGUUUGAUUUUGUUUUAUUUCAUUGUCUCGGCUACUUUGAUGGUUAUGUAUAUUUAUAUCGGAAUAAAGAUACAUACACAAUAUGAGCGCGAUAGCUCACGACGUGAAAGCUUACAGAGCGGAACAUUUAAUUGUAAAGAAUCAAUCAAAUCAAACAAAAACAAUACCCGGAAGUCGACAAUCACAUUGUGCGUAGUCACUUUCACAUAUGUACUGAGCGCACUGCCCCAUCAUAUGUUAUCAUUUUUUAUUUUUCUUAUUCCAGAUUUUGACUGUUCAUUAAGUUUGAUAGGUUCAAUGCUAUAUUAUACGUUUGUAUGGUCUUACUUUUUCAAUAGCGUUGUUAAUCCGUUCAUUUACGGAAUUCGAGACCGGAAGUUUAGGUUGGCAGUGAAAAACAUUUAUAAACGGACAUGAUGGUAAUUAUAUUCAUUUGGAAUGAACGAAGAUUAAGCUUGAAAAUUAAAAGAAACAUAAUGAGAAAAGACACACGUUAUAAUUUUAGUAGCUUCUUUGAGAUUGUACAGCUUUAGGAAGAUGGUUGCUCUAAUAUUGUUCGCUAGAAACAAUAUUUCAUAAAUGAUUAUAACAGGAAUGAAGCAAAGAAGAAUUAAAUGUAUAUACAGGAUGGUUCUGAAAUGUGAUGAAUUUACAAAUAGCUUUUUCAUCAAUGAAAUACAUUUAGAUUUGUAAAGCUAACAUUGUCAAGUGUUUAUACUUAUAUUUUUUUUGUAAUUUUAUUUAGAGAUUUUAUUAACAUAUUACUAACUGUUUAGAGUGCCAAUAUGUCCUCUUCGUUUUAAAUCUUUAUUUUUUCUUUUUUCUUUCUUUUUUAUAUGGUUGAUAACUACAUGACUCUCUAUUAACUCAUUUUUAGUAAACAUUUUCAGACAGGAGCAUAAAGCUGAAAUUGUUUAUCUGAACCCUUUUGUGGUUAAGCAAUACAUUCAAAAUUUGAAGAAAAAAAACAUUCUACUUGACAGCUAUUUUCUAGGUUUUAAACAUACUUCUCCUUUUAACAAGCUUAGACGAUGUUAGAAUAUUUACUGAAUGAUGAAUACACUCCAUGUAAUACAAUAACACGAGUUACAAAUGGAGAUUGGUCUGUACAUAGGUACUCUGUUAGAAGACAUAUUACUGCCUAUGAUGAUCUUCAGGAAAUAUGGACGAUGGGUAUCAUUUUUAAUUUCCUUGUGCAUUAUUUCACUAUGAUUGCCAUUGCUUAUGGAAUUCGUUGCGACUGUCAUAAAAGUGAGAGGUUUAGCGCUAUAAAACCAGAUUCAAUCCACCAUUUUCUACAUUUACAAAUGCCUGUACCAAGUCGGUUGUUGUCCUUCGUUUGAUGUUUUUGAUUUGAUUAGAGUUUUAAAUUUUCCUCGGAGUUCAGUAUUUUUGUGAUUUUACUUUUUUGCUAACGUUGAAUAGCUCUAUAUUUUUCAUGUCGGGGCCUUUUAUUUUCGGUUAUUUGGUAUAUGAUUUUCUAGUUGUUGAACGCCGUUUGGUUGUCUAUAAUUGCUUACUUCUUUUGAACUACGAUGAAUAGUCGUCUUAUCGAUUAUCCUACUACAUCUCCAUCUUCUUAUAUUGAAUUGUUCCAUAUUUAAAAUGUUUUUACGACCAACUUUUCGUAAAGACGUCAGACAAUCAUAGAAAACCAUGACUUGACUGUGCAACACCCAAAAUUUAGGUACGGACAUAUUUUAGUUCCAUGAAAGUGCAUAUUUGUGUAACAUUAAUGCUUUGAUUUGUUUUGUUUUACAUUUUAAUGUAUUGUAUUGUAUUAUAGUUUCGAUAUUUGGAUAGAAGAAGAAUAUUAUAACAUAAAUGCAAAGUCGGAAUAUAUAUAACUCUGGUCUUGAGAUUUUUUUUAUAUAUAUCAAUGUUAACAAAGUAAGAAAAUAUUAAUCAUACUUGUUGUGUGUUGUAUAAAUAUCUGUUGCUCCUAAUUGAAUGCACAAUUUAUGAAUAUUUCCUAAACUAAAUUUGAUAUUUUUAUGUCUAUAUUUAAUUUCUAAUUCCGGAAUAGAUAGGCAAUUUGUAUAUCAUUUUCAUUGUUUUCUAAACUGUUACACUCGUACUGAAGUUUUAACACCUUUAGCAAUGUAAAAGAAACAAAGUCACUAAGUAUGCUAAUUCAAACUUACAAAAUACAUUGAGCAUUAAAAUAAAAAGAUAUAAAAUGACACAGAAAUUAACAACUAAAAGUCACCGUAGGCCUUGAACUAUAAGCGAUGCCAAUACCGCAUAGUCAGCUAUAAAAGGCCCCAACACUGCUUAAAUGAGAUGAAACUGAUUAUGAGUGCUAUGUUCAUUAAAACUAUUAAAAUCCCACUCAGAUAAGUAAAAGAGUCUAUUUAGAUGAUUUAAAAUUGAUAGAGGUUUAUAUGAUUAUUGUAUAUUUUGUGUACAAGUCAUGAUUUUAUACAAAUUAUAGUCAAACAAUUUGUCUAAAAGUGCAAUAAUUUAUAGUAUGGAUUUUGUUAUAAAAAAAAGGUAUUGAUAGUCUAUAGAAUGCGGUAUUACAUUUCACCAGAUUCAGUAAGUACCCAUAAUAUAUUGUUUAGGGUGAUCAUACUGAGGAAUUGGAUAUUACCCCCUUCAGUAAGAUGGUCUUUGCGAUUUCGUGUAAUAUAUUUGGCUUGGGACUGUUGGACAGACAAGCGCACCUUUCCUUGUUGUGUGUUCCUGGCACGUUUGAUUGAUGGUUCAAUUUCACUGAGGAAAAUUUCUAUAUUGAUAUUAGAAUUCUGACUGAGGCCAAUUUCUAUUUUACUAUCAGAUUUGUAUCUGAUGCCAAAUUUUCUUUCAUUCAGAAUUGUAACUGAGGCCAAUGUUCUAUCAGAAUUUUCAAUUAGGAAAAUUUCUUGUUACUAUCAGAAUUAACUGGCAGACAUUUAUCACUUAUAUUUCCUGUCUGGAUAUUUGUGUAUUUUGUAAAUAAGGUUUGUAUCAAAGCAUCAUUAUAACAAAAUCCAUACUAAAAAUUAUUGUACAAAUUAUAAGUGAAGUUUAGUGAAAUUUUGUACGAAAUUGAAAUUAUACAAGCACUUUUCAAGUCAAAAUACGAAUUAUGAUAUGUAAAAAAUGAUAACUGCGCCUUUUACAAGUUGAAUUUGAUUUCUCGACAAAUGUCAUGUAAAAAUUCGUACAGCUGUUCCAAUGCAGUACCAGAAUUGUCACUGAGGCAAAUUUCAAUAAUACUGUCAGAUUUGUAACAGACAACUGUUUAUUAUUCUAUCAAAUUUCUAGUAUACUAUUAGAAUUAACUGGAAUGCAUGUAUGAAUUGUAUUUUCCUAUUUGUAUCUGGGUAUUUUUGUAUUGUGUAAAUACGGUUUAUUGUGUGGUCAUUGAAUAAAAAUGUGUAUCUAUGCU